AUGGGCCUAUCAAAUGACGAGCGAGGAUGGGUUAUGACCAUAUUGAGCGGUGUCGCGUGUGUCGUUGGAGCGUCCGUGAUUUGCGUCGACAUCAUUGUUCGCCAGUUUCCUGGGCAAAGAAACUUCAGAAUCCAGGACAGCGAUACCUUUCUGUCCGUCUCGCUGAGUCUCAGCUUCGGAGUCAUGCUCUACUCGGCACUCAACAAAAUGCUACCGUCUGCGAAGAAUUCUCUUCAAGCAGGUGGCUUCACGCCGAAGCAGGCGGCUUGGGUACUUGUGGCAUGCUUUCUGGGCGGCGUGAUAGGCAUACAAGUCAUCUCGCGAAUAUUACAUAGCUUUAUGCCUUCGCAUGUCGUUGACUGCGAGCACACGCAUGACGAGGAGCCUGCCAAAGAGGAUGGUCAUUCACAUGAAAAUGGCCAUGCUCACGACCACUCAAACAACCAUAAGCCGGAACGGUUACCUCCACCUUCGCGGAAAAGCUCUCUUCCAGGACACUUACACCGCGGGGACAGCGACUGGAGACCGUCUUCACGACGAAGCUCAUAUCUUGGACACAUCAACCCUGCAUCUUCCCUACCUAGCCGCGAAAACGGAACCGAGGCGUCACCCUCAAAGCGGCCUGGCAUCGCAACACGUCCGUCACUCUCACAGCGACUGACGAGCAGCGUCAGGCAAUUGACUUCCGGUCGGAACCCGUCUUCUAAUUGCGGCGAAGAUUGUUACGGUUAUAGCGAGCCAUGUGGACAAGACUGCUUCAAGACCAUUAAUGCUCGUGGUGGCUACAGAGCACCAAAGCGGCUGAGCAGCAUGACCUCGAGACCUGCCUUAGGUAAGAGUGCUACUACGCAGAACCUGCCCACAACUACCGAGGAGACACCACUACUGCGCGAUCUCCAGGAGGAUUUACACACAAAACCCACUGUAGACCCACCCAUGUUAGAAGUCGAGAACGGACUGGUGACGGCAGAUCACCCGCAGAAUGGGACUACCAACGAGCCAAGCAUUAACGGCGACGCAAAUGGCACCGCUGAUCUGCACAAGACAACCACCAGCUCCAGCCAAAAGGUCUCCGGAGAUGUCCACCAUCACCACGUCCCUAGUAACGCCUUCCUCUCCAUCGGCCUUCAAACGUCCAUCGCCAUUGCCCUGCACAAGCUCCCAGAGGGCUUCAUCACCUACGCCACCAACCACGCGAACCCGAAACUUGGCGUCGCCGUGUUCCUCGCCCUCUUCAUCCACAACAUCACCGAAGGCUUCGCCAUGGCCCUACCCCUCUACCUCGCCAUCAAUAGCCGGCUCCGCGCAAUGCUCAUUUCCUUCGUGCUGGGCGGGCUAUCGCAACCUAUUGGAGCCGGAGUUGCAGCGCUCUGGUUUAAGCUGGGGGACUGGAAGGGCGAAGGCUGGAAGCCGAGUGAGGGAGUUUAUGGUGGGAUGUUUGCGGUUACAGCGGGUAUUAUGGCGAGUGUCGCUUUACAACUGUUCAGUGAGAGCUUAGACCUGACGCAUAGUCGGACGUUAUGUAUGAUUGGAGCGUUUACUGGUAUGGGGAUUCUUGGAAUUAGCAGCGCGUUGACUGCUUGA